AUGGAGGAGAUUCACAAAGAAUUAUCUGAGAUGACUUUUGAAGAAUUGCAAAAAUUUAAAGACAAAGUUGGAAUUAAUAUGUUCAACAAAAUUUAUCACAAAUCUGGAAAAGCAAAGAAGAAAAAAUUUCAAAGAGAAAACAAAAACAGACCAAUGGAAAUGUCCUCCAAGAAACCAGUUUCCAGGCAUAGGAAUGUGAUACCUGUCCCCAAAAAAAUAAUUCGAGAUCCGCGUUUUGAUAACCUAUCAGGAGAAUAUAAUGAACAAUUUUUCCAGAAGGCUUACUCCUUUAUUGAUGAUGUUAAGGAAAAAGAAAAAAGGAUUUUGAAGAAAAAACUAAAGAAAACUAAAGAUCCUAAGAAGCAAGAAAAACUCCAUUAUAUUCUUACACGAAUGGAACAACAAAAGUUGGCAUCAGAACAAGACAAGAAACAAAAGACUUUGGAACACAAAUGGCGAUCUGAAGAGAAAGAAAUGAUUCAACAAGGGAAGAAACCAUAUUUCUUGAAAAAAUCGGACAAGAAACUUCUGGAGAUUGUUGAGAAAUACAAAGAACUGAAAGAAAAAAGCAAAGCCACGUGUCCUUAUUUCUCAGAGUUGGCUUCAACGAUGCCGAGUAUCUUCGGACAGAUCGAAGCAGUUGAAAAAGGCAUAAAAGCUUGUCGGACACACAUAGAACGAAUCGACAAGUCUCUAAGAGAGAAACACCUCACAGAUGAAGAAAGGUUAAGUUUUCUUGAUUGCCAAGACAGAUUGCGGAACCAGAUAAAGAAACAUGAAAAGGAGUUAAAAGCCCUUCGCUAUGAAAAUCUAAAAAGCAUGAUACUUGCUGUUAUUUUCUUUUGUAUCCUCUGCGUCAUAUAUGCCAUCAUCCACAUUAGAUGA